UCGAAUACAUUGCGGUUAGCGCUCUAGUAUUCUUAUUAUACCUCUAUGGAUUAUGUCAAAGAGUAUAAAUGUCAACAAAGCCUUUAGAAAUUUAUUCAUAUAAAAUAUCUCUUGAUUGGCUAGAGUGUUUUCUUCAGGUCAUUCUAGUGUCAAAGUUAAUCGCCAUUUUUUAAUUUUCCGAGAUCGUGGUUGUCGAAUGUGAUAUUUCCAGAUUCUUAAAAGUACCGUCAAAUAAGUCAUUUUUGCGAGUAAACUGUCAUCAUGCCGAAAAGAAAGAGGAAAGAUGGUAAACCUGGUAGACAAUAUCAGAUACUGACAAUGUACUCUGAAAUCCCAAGUGACGCAGAGGCAUUAAAAAAUGGCCACAUCCUUCACCAGAUUACCGUUCAAGCUACAAAAGCAGAUGUGCUACGCUUCUUUAAAGACAAGUUUAAUAUUGUUAUCACGCACAAUACUCUGCAGUCUCUUCUUACUAGAUCAGUGAAGAGAUAUGUGAACCUGGCUCGAGAAGCUGAUGAAAGAAGAUUUAAAGAUGUAUGUGAUGCUGCCUUUACUAGUUACGAUCUAGUUGCAGAAAGUGCUCCAGCAGGAUCAGUGCCCGAAAGUGUUCCAGCAGCGUCAGCGUCCGCAUCCCGCAGUCUUGACUUCAAAAGUUGCGCUGAUGAAGAGAUUACUUCAGGCAUCAGGCCUUCAGCUACACCUUUACCGUCCGCUCCAAAAUCGCCAGUGUCCUCAGCCUCAAUCCGAUCCUUAAAGAGAAAGGGUUUGCUGACACCAAUGAAAAAAAAGAUUCUUGAGCGAGGAGAAGAGAUGAGGAAAGAAGUAAAUACUUUGAAAAAUAAAGUUACUGUAUUGAGAGCACAACUGUCAUCAAAAAAGUUUAAACAAAACAGGUAUCUUCAAAGGCAAGUUUCAAGACUAUAUGAACGUCUGAGAAUUAAGGCUGAUAAACUGAAGAAAAGCGAAGAGGAACUUCGAGAAAUAAAAAAAAGUGCAGUCGAAGAACACGUUAGAAAAGAGUUAGCAAAUGCUAAAAGAAGAAUAAGAAGAAUUAAGAAACAGCAUAAAAAUUGCCCAUCACAACGUGCUUUUCAGAAAAUGACUGAUAAAAACAGGGAACUGAAAAGAAAGCUGAAAGAAAAGGAGGACAGAGAAUCUGAAAUUGAAGAUAGGGUUUUGCAGCUGGAGGAAGAGCUCAACAUUUUAAGAUGAAGAUGUGGAUUGUAGAGAAGAUGGAAGAACGAUCAGUUCCAAAGCCAGACUGCUUGUAUAUUUCAUGUUAGAUUGUGGGGUGCCCACCAAACAUGUUCCACUGUUAAUUGAGCGAGUUGGCUAUUGGUUUGGAGUUAAGUUAAGCAAUAUUCCCCAAAGGGCCACUGUUGAAAACAUUUCACGAGAGUUGGGUAUCGUCAGUGAUUUGAUGGUUGCUGAAAUGGCCUUAAAAUCUGCUGACCUUACAAUUGGCUUUGAUGCAACUACCUAGGACGGAACACACGUGAACGAAAUACACCUGAGCUCAUCUUCAAAAGAGUCAAAAGUCGUUGCUGUAGACGAAUUACCAGGUGGUACUGCCAUGGACUAUUCAAGUCACAUAUCAAGAUCGGUAAAACACCUUGCAGAUGUUCAUGGCCUUGUUCAUGGAACUGACCCUGAGGUGACAGAAAAGAAAAUUCAGCAGAACUUAAGAAACUCAAUGACUGAUAGAUGCCCCGUAAAUAAUGCUACGAUUAGAUGCAUCGAGGAGAAAUGGGGCACUGACAUACAGUACAGUCAUGAAAUAUUGCACUUUUACCUGCGCGCAGGCUUCAUAGAUACAUCAUAGCCUAAAAUAAACAAUCUAACCUGCGCGCAGGCUUCGUAGCCUGAUAUAAACAAUCUAAGCAAGGCUACGCAAA